AUGGUUGGUACAGCGCCUCUGCUACACCACAUGUCGCCAUACAAGGCAUCUCCUAAGUGGACCUUGAAGGGGGAGGGCUGUGUUGAAGCACAGCGCCGUUUGGACCGGCAUGCGAAUAAGGUGCCUGGUCCAGGGAAGUAUGAUAUUAUCGGUAGAGUCGACCACACGUCGAAGUUCAGGACCUUGGCGAGGUCAUGUUCCUUUGGAUCGGCAUCACGCUUCGUGGACGAGCGGAGACCAACCACUUCUCCUGAAAAGAAACAAAGGAGUGGUAUAGAACCUGGUCCUGGUGCCUAUUCUCCCCCCAGCGACUUCAGCGGUAGACCCUUUACCUCUCAUGGGAACAUCACUUUCGGCACGGGAGGCAGAAUGUUUCCUAAGUGCAUGGAGAAGAUGGCACGGAACUCCCCAGGGCCCGGUAUUUACGAGAUUAGAAAUAAGAACCGCAAAGGGUCAGCAACCCUGAGCGAUCGAGCAAUUGGGGUCGCUGGUCGGCAUGAUUGGUACUACGACAAGGACAUUAUCGCCACUCGAGGGAAGCCAGGUCCGGGAACAUACGACUACAAGGUUGGAUCAGAGGAGCCGUGCAUGAGGUUUGGCACCAGCAAGAGGCCUCCUAUAUACCACAUUUCCUCUAGAGGUCAUCCCGGACCAGGUGCAUAUGAUUUGAAGUCGACCUUGGAAGGCCUUAAGUACACCUUCGCUGGUAGGGACAAAUAUGGAG